AUGGCUGAAAACAAGAAGCAAGAGCGCCAGAAAGCUUCCAAGCCCGGCCAAGCUCGCCAGGACUGCAAAAACCAAACGCCCUCUUUUGCGCCAGGGGAGGGUCUCUCCACCGGCGUGGUUACCAUGUCACGAUGUUACAGUAGUAGCAGCAAGGACAAAGGCGGCGGUGAUAAGAGAUAA